AUGAUAAUUGCCAAACGACAAUUUCCACAAAAAACAACAUUGAAAGAUCAAUUUGAAGUAGUAUGGGAAUUGACAGCUCCAUAUAUUGACAUAAAUCGUGAUAAAAUUAAUAAUAAAACAGUUGGUCAAUCAAUGUUCUGGAGAAAAAUUGGUAACAAAGAAUAUACUAGUGCAAAAAAUAAAGAUUAUUUACGUAAAUCAAUUGAAGCAUACACCAAAAGUAUUGCUUUUGCACCAGUUGGAUCCAGUGAAUUGUCAUUGGCUUAUGCAAAUCGUUCAGCUGUAUUAUUCAAAGCAAGACUCUAUGAAGAUUGUCUUCUUGACAUUGAACGUUCAUUAAAGGCAGGCUAUCCAGAUAAAUUUAAAACAAAAUUAUUUUUACGUCAAUCAUUGUGUUUCAAAGCAUUGAUACCAAGCUCACAUAUUGAAUCAAAUAUUUCAAUGGCCAGUGCAAUGCAAUGGCUUCCUGAUUUAAAAAAAUAUAAUCCAAAAUACAACAUUAUCAAAGAGUAUCCAAAGAUGAUCAAUGAACUUAAAGAACCACGUGAAAUUAUAAGAUAUUCACCAGAAAUAAAAAAUGACAAUGCAAUAAUAGUUGGUGGAUCCGAUGCAAUUGAAUUGAAACAAACUGAAGAAAAUAAUCAACACAUUGUUGCAACAAGAGACAUCAAAUCUGGUGAAUUCAUUUACAUAUCUGAGCCAUUUGCAGCAAUUCUUGCUAAUGAAUUACGUUUUACUAAUUGUUGGCAUUGUUGUCGUCAAACUUUGGCUGGUGUACCAUGUGAUAAUUGUCCAAACAUCAUAUAUUGCUCAGAGAGAUGUAAAAAAAAAGCAUGGAAUAGUUAUCAUAACACUGAAUGUUUAGUGUUAGGAUCACUUUUGAAAGUUGGCGAUAUAGAUACAAAAAAAUUAAUGGCAACAUUCAAUGAUUUCAAAUUCGAAUUAAUAUUACUUGCAGUAGGGAUUGUUAAGAUUUUUUGUCAAAAAACAAACAUAUUAGGUCAAAAAAUGACAAUGGAAAAUUUGAUUAAAAAUGAAAAAAUAUUGAUUUUGGGAGAAUUAAUAUCACGAUAUUUGAUGAUGGGUUAUCGCAAUCAUCAAGGGCUUAUAGACAUAACACUCGGUAGUGAUCGUGCUGCAUCAAAUGUUAUGAUGCCAAUUUUUAAGAUAAUAAAUAAAAGCUGUGAUUCAAAUAUCGAUUGGAUUUACUUGGGUUCAAACGUUGGAUUUUAUGCUAGCAAACCAAUCAAGCAAGGAGAACCGAUACUUAUGAGUACGUUUGGACAAUAUUAUGUAGUGCCAAAAGCUGAACGACAUUCAGCAUUUAAAAUUACUACUGAUGAUCCUGUACCAUGUAAAUGUACAGCAUGUAUUGAAAAUUGGCCAAUUCUAGAUUAUCUUCCAUCUUACCAGAGUAUGGCGUUACCAGCAAGUAUAAAGAAAGAAUUGAAUUAUAUGACACUUAAGAUGAAAGAGUGGGAAGAACGCAUUGGUAACGGAGAUACUAGAGAACUAUUGACAAUAAAAGAUACUUUGAAUAGCAUGAAUGAUAAGAAUCAUCAAUACAUCACUGUUCCUUGUCAGGAAGUAUCAAUGUUGAAUAUAUUAAUCAAAGCGUUGUAUUAUCGACUACGUACAGUUUAUGAUAUUGUUGAGUAA